AUAAACUAUUGGAUUCGUAUGAAAACUCCAAACCUUUUAACCAGAGAGUAAACAAUUUUUUUCCAAAAAAUCUCUCUCAAACCUCCCUCUCUCGCUUUCUCUCUCUCUACCAACUCACCCCCAAGCGGAGAACUCGUCAUCGGAGACGCCGCUACUCGUCGGCGGCGCCACCGCCCGCUAUAUGACCGUUGAAGUCGUCGCCGCCCACAAGUAGAUCUCUCUCUCUCUCUCUCUCUCUCACGAAUCAACCAGCAACCCCCAAGAACAUGAGCGUCGAGCCUUUCAACAAGUUGGUGAAGCUAGCGGCGAGGGCUUUCUACGAUGACAUAACGACGAAAGGAGAUAAUCAACCCAAAACUGGCCGCAGUGACAACAGAGGAAUCGCCGUCGUGGUCCUCGAUGCCCUAACUAGACGACAAUGGGUAAGAGAAGAAGAUUUGGCAAAGGACUUGAAACUGCACUCGAAGCAGCUUCGUCGAACUCUGAGAUUCUUCGAGGAAGAAAAACUAGUUACUCGAGAUCAUAGAAGAGAGACAGCUAAGGGUGCGAAGAUAUAUAGUGCUGCUGUUGCUGCCACAGCUGAUGGUCAUCCUCUAAAAGAGGGGGAAGAAAAGGUUAAGAUGCACACUCACUCCUACUGUUGUCUGGAUUAUGCUCAGAUCUAUGAUGUCGUCAGGUACAGAUUGCACCGUAUGAAGAAAAAACUGAAAGAUGAAUUGGACAACAAGAAUACAGUUCAGGAGUAUAUAUGCCCCAACUGUGGGAAAAGGUACACUGCAUUGGAUGCAUUACGGUUGAUUUCUAUGGAGGAUGAAUUUUUUCAUUGUGAAAGUUGUAAUGGAGAACUUGUGGCUGAGAGUGACAAGUUAGCUGCUCAAGAAGGAGGAGAUGGAGAUGACAAUGCAAGAAGGCGAAGGCGUGAAAAGUUAAAGGACAUGCUUCAAAACUUGGAGGUACAGCUUAAGCCAUUAAUAGAUCAACUCACUAGAGUAAAAGACUUACCUGUUCCUGAAUUUGGCACGCUUCAUGCAUGGGAAGCUCGAGCAAGUGCUGCUGUGCGUGCAGCAAAUGGUGAUUCCGGUGCUAUUGAUCCUUCCAAAUCUUCCCAGGGAUUGGGUUAUGGUGGAACGUCAUUGCCUUUUGUUGGAGACACCAAGGUUGAAGUUGACUUUUCUGGGACUGAAGGCAAGGGAGAGAAUAUUAAAUCUGAAACUGAAACUUCAUCUCUGAAAGUUUUGCCACCAUGGAUGAUCAAGGAAGGAAUGAACCUCACAAAGGAACAACGGGGAGAGGUCAAGCAGGAGUUGAGGAUGGAUGGCAGUUCAGCAGCUGUAGAAUUUUCAGAUGACAAAAAGGCAACAAUUGAAAAUGAUGAUAAGAAGAAUAUACAGGAUGAGUAUAUCAAAGCAUAUUACGCUGCUUUGCUCAAGAAACAGCAAGAAUUGGACGAAGCUGCUAAGAAAGAACAUGAAUUGUCAAAUACACACUCCUUGAACGGUGUUUCUGACACGACUUCUAAUCGCCAAGUUGGGAUAAAGUCAAAACGUGACGAGGAUGAGGGAGAUGAUGAUGUGGAAUGGGAAGAGGCUCCAGUUGCUGGCAAUUCAAAUGAAAAUUACAAAGUGAAUGACUUGAAUGUUCAAGCUGAUGCUUCAGGAGAUGAUGAGGAUGAUAUAGACUGGGAGGAAGGUUAAAGAGCACAGCUUUUCUCCCCUCGUAGAUGGAUUAGCAUGACUUCCUUUUACCAGUAAAGUUUUUGGGAAAUUGAAGUUGUGAUCAAUGCAAAUUUUUCUUCUAACUUGGCACUUUUCUGAAUGUUGUUAUCUUAUAGCCAUAUGUUAUGUUUACCCUCGAUUCAUGAAAUACAAUGUGUUCUUGAUCUUUGUCUUCUUGCAAUGCCUUUUAUUAAUGCAGAUGGAGUCUGCGCUAAGCACCAAAGAAUGCAUGGCAUUGUUAUAAAUUAUGAUUCAAUGGAUGUAAUACUCAUAUUUUUGUUUU